ACAGAGUAUGUGAAGUCACAUUGCCACACACAACACACACUAUGUAUCUAACCAGUUCUAGAAACACACACACAACAUACAACACACACUAUAUAUCUAACCAAUUCUCUCUCUAGGAGGGAGGUCUUAGUGUGUCAAUUAAACAUGUCAAUUCCUCAACCCCCACCUUCCUCAUCCUCCAAGACUACUACAUACGAUCAAGCUGGCUCUUCUUCUUCCUCUUCUUCAUGGAGACAAAGCCAAUCCUUUCCUCUUCCUCUCAUUCAUGAUAAGAAGAACAAGAUGGAGGAGAGUGAUGAAGAUUUGUUCACGGUUCCUGACUUAGAAGCUCCUCCACCACCACCGCCGCCAACAACACCGCCAGCACCACCACCGCCGUUGGAUUCAACCAACAACGCCGAGCUUCAGCAGACUAGGCGGCGCAGGGGUCGCAACCCUGCCGAUCGUGAGUACAGAAGGCUCAAGAGAUUAUUAAGGAAUAGGGUUUCUGCUCAACAAGCUCGAGAACGAAAGAAAGUGUAUAUGAAUGAUCUUGAAUCAAGAGCCACGGAGUUGCAAGACAUGAACUCAAGAUUAGAGGAGAAGAUUUCGACUCUGAUUAAUGAAAACGCCAUGCUCCGGAAGGUACUUCUGAAUACUAGGCCCAAAGUUGAUGAAAGUAAAUGAGCCAACACAUGAACAGUUGGGCAGGAGGUAGAUGUAUGAUACAGAUUUGAAGCCGAUACUCAUUAAUAUGUUACCUUGUUAUUUCUUAGACACAAUUUAACAGAGGUGUAAACCAUUGUCUUUUCAUACUUUUGUAGACCUAUGUGACUUAGCCAAAAAAAAUAUUAAAAAAUUCUGAUGAAUGUUAUAUGAAAAUGUAUCAUAUGAAACCUAUAUUACUUGACUA